AUGCAGCCCUUCAAUCUCAGCCGUGGGGAGAUCCUGCAGAUAGCAAACUUCAGGCCAGCUGCCCUUGUCGAAGUCCACCUGAUUGUGGACGACUGUGAAAAGCGGCUGAGCGCAGAGCAGCAGGACGAGGUCUUGGCCCUCGUGCAGAAACACCUUCCGCAGAAGGCUCCAUAG